UUUGCCCUCAUCUGCUCGCAGCUGCCUAUCCCCAAUCCACGCAUCUCCCUCCUCUCUCCUUAUUCCUGUAACCCUAGCCCUAAUGCGAACUUUCUGUUAUUUCAUUUAGAAACCACGAAAUUCUUCACACUGCAACUAUAGUGUAAUGCGUAGUUGUGCAGGUACAUCGAAAAUCGAGACUGCUCCAGUUUUCGAAUUUGACAAUGGAGGAUUUGACAGAGACAGAGAUUGGGAGCUCUGUCGAAUCGUUUCAAAAGUUUUUGGAUUCGCAGAGAGAGCUUUUUCACAACCAAAUCGAUCAUCUUCAAAGAAUUGUUGUUACUCAAUGCAAACUCACCGGCGUCAAUCCUCUUUCUCAAGAAAUGGCUGCUGGCGCUCUGUCGAUAAAAAUUGGAAAAAGACCCAGAGAUUUGAUAAACCCUAAGGCUGUCAAGUAUAUGCAAGAAGUUUUCUCUAUCAAAGAUGCAAUUAGUAAGAAGGAAUCACGUGAGAUUAGUGCUCAAUUCGGUGCUACAGUUACGCAGGUUCGAGAUUUUUUUGCAAGCCAGCGAAUGAGAGUGAGGAAACUGGUUCGGUUGUCAAGGGAGAAGGCUAUUAGAGUUAAUGCACACAAAGGACCUCAAGGACCUCAAGAUGGGGUCCCAACAACAUCUGAUGCUUUGAUGCCUGUUGAUUUGGUUCCCUUGAACUCUGUUGCCCCAAAUCCAGUUCCCAUGAAUUCUGUUAGCCCCAAUCCAGCUUCCUUAAAUGCUGUUAUCCCCAAUCCAUUUUACUUGAACUCUGUUGCCCCCAAUCCUGUUCCCUUAAACUUUGCUAGCCCCAGCUCAGCUCCCUUAAACUUUGCUAGCCCCACUUCAUCACCCUUAAACUCUGCUAGCCCAAAUCCCGUUCCCUUAAUUUCUGUUAGCCCUAAUCCAGUUCCCUUAAACCCUGCAAGCCUGAACCCAGUUCCCUUAGACUCUGCUGCCCAGGAUCCUGUUCCCUUAAACGCUGUUGGUCCUUCCAGGGUUGAUGAAGUACCCUCUUGCUCAACACAGGAUGAUGUGUUGCCUGGUUUAGAUGAAUUAGAUAAACAUUUUGCUGAGAAGAUUUUUGAUUUGUUGCGGAAAGAAGAAACAUUUUCUGGGCAGGUGAAGCUCAUGGAAUGGAUCUUGCAAAUACAGACUCCAGCUGUUCUAAAUUGGUUUCUUGUUAAAGGUGGUGUCAUGAUUUUGGCAACAUGGUUAAGUCAAGCAGCUGCUGAAGAACAAACAAGUGUUCUUCUUGUCACCUUGAAGGUAUUCUGUCAUUUACCCCUACAUAAAGCUCCUCCUGAACACAUGUCAGCUGUACUUCACAGUGUCAAUGGACUGCGGUUUUACAGGACUCCAGACAUAUCAAACAGGGCCAGGGUUUUGUUAUCAAAAUGGAGCAAGCUGUUUGCAAAAAGUCAAGCAAUCAAAAAACCCAACGGCAUAAAGUCGUCUACAGAUGCACAGGACAUGAUUUUGAAGCAGAGCAUUGAUGAAAUUAUGGGCAAUGAAUCAUGGCAGUGUGAUAUUGGUAAUCCUGAUGGUGUUCUUGCUCUCUCAUCCGAAAGCUCUGAAAAUAUCAGGAAAAUUGAGUCUUCGCAAGCAUUGAAGCUGUUGCCUGCAUCAACAGAUGAUUUGAGCAGGAAGCACAUUCUAGGCACAUCUUCAUCCCAUACAAGAGAACGUAGAAAAGUUCAGCUUGUUGAACAGCCAGGCCAGAAAACAGCUGGCAGAAGCCUUCAGGCGACCAAAGCUGCUUCUGUUAAUCAAGGUCGCCCGAUGUCUGCUGAUGAUAUCCAAAAACCAAAAAUGCGUGCUUUAUUCAUGCAGAACAAGCAUGGGAAAACAGGUUCCUCAUCCAAUGGAAGCACUGGUGUGAAAAAUGGAGGGCGUAAUAAGCCUUCAAGUAUGACCACCAGUCUGUGUCCAGUUUCUAAAAUUCAUAUCCGGCCGAAGAUUGAGGAAUACAAGAAACUUGUGACACCUCCCCCCCAAGUUUCUAGUAAGGUUGAGGGUUUCCUUGAUCUAAAGAAAGAAAUCAAUUCAAAGGAACCCAUGGGGGGAGUUUCCAGUAAAGUCCAGAUCCCAUGGCAGACUCCUCCAGAAAUAAAACUCAGCGUUCUCUGGAGAGUGGGAACUGGUGAAAAUAGCAAAGAAGUUGAUGUUCAGAAAAACAGAAACCGUAGGGAGAUAGAAACCAUCUAUCAGACAGUCCAGCAGAUACCAUCUAAUCCAAAGGAACCAUGGGACCUUGAGAUGGAUUAUGACGACUCAUUGACCCCAGAGAUUCCAAUUGAACAGCCACCUGAUGCUGAUGUUGCAGAAACACAGGUUUCCCAUACUGAACAUGUAAAUACAGUAGUUGCAUCUGCACCUUCCCUGUCUCAGGUUGGUGGAGGGAGUGCAACUGAACCAGAUCUUGAGUUGCUUGCUGUACUGUUAAAAAAUCCAGAAUUGGUUUUUGCAUUGACUUCUGGCCAAGCUGGCAAUUUAUCAAGUGAAGAAACUGUGAAGCUGCUUGAUAUGAUUAAGACAGGAGGGGCUGUUCUGGCAGGUUUAAAUGGGCUUGGUGGGAAAGUGGAGGAGAAGGUUGAAGUCUCACUUCCAUCGCCAACUCCUUCAAGCAACAAUCCUGGAACGAGUGGAUGGAGAUCAGAAUUUGCCAAGAAUCCAUUUUCCCAGCAGGCUUCAAUGGGGAACAGAGUUGUAUACAGUGAUCCUGGAGUCCCCACCAGUGUCCCCUUAGCGGAAAAGCAUACUAGCUUGGUGCAGCAUCAAAAUCAGGCCACUAGUAUCAGAAUACCGCAGCAGCAAGCUAGCAUUCCAUUACUAUCCCAGCAUGUUUCGGCAGUGAUGAACCCUUUCUCAUUGCCUCAGACAAGUUCCAUAGUACCUGAAAACCGACAACCUUCAAUAGUUCUCCCAGCAAACCAGAGUUACCCCUCAAAUUCUUCAAUGUUACAGACACCAUCCUCAGAAAUGGUUUCAACCAUGAAAAUUCUACCUGUUAACACCCCUCCCUUGCUAAACCUUUCAGCUGCAAUGAACAACAUAAAAUCAACUACAUCCGUUUCUUUCACAUCAAAUCCACAAGAGACACGGCUAGUUCCUUUUCCACCAUCAACAUCCACCAUACCAACACAGUUACAGUCACAACCUGCCCAGAUAAACGAACCUCCGAUUGUAUACUCCACACGGCCGCAUACUGGCGAUGUAGGUCCAGUGGCUGAUUCCCGGAGAGUUAGGCAGGGUUUAGUCUCAAACUCCCCUUCCCAAGUUAAUCAAACAAACUAUGUUUCAUCAUUUGGAGGGCCUGUGCAGCCAUCGUUGAGGUCAGGUCCUCCUUGGGAAAGAAAUGAAUAUGUGGGUGAUGCGGGUGAUGAGGGUUAUGAGUCUUGGAGUCCGGAGAAUAGGCGUUAUGAAUCACAAGAGUACAUGCCAGGGAGAAACUAUUCAGGACCCAGAUCCAGAAUGAAUUCAGGAUGGGAUUAUAUGCCUAAUAAUAAUAAUAAUAGGUCCAGGCAACGGAAUUCUUCUGGGCAUGGGGACCGUAACUGGAAUGGAAACAGAAGAUGGCACUGAUUGACUUGGAAGCUUCUUUCAUAAUAUGGCCUGGCUUGGGCUGAUCCAUUGCUUAGAGUGAAAGUAAUGACAGGGAUUUACACGCUAUAGGGUGUGGUUGUGACGAGGAGAAUUCUAACAGCGAAUGCAAAUGUUUAGAUACUCGGGAUUCGAUACUAAAUUUUGACUGAAAGCAUCUAAUACUAGGACGAAGUUGCAGCUCUUGCUUUCUUCGAGAUGAUACUCUUGAGCAUCUAGUGUCUAAAAAACUUGAGAAAAGAGAUGCCUCUGCGUCAUUGGGACGUGGUCUUGGUAAAGUAACUAGAAUCUCCCUUUUUUAUUUUAUUUUAUUUUAUUGUAUUCAUUUUUCGAUUUCAAGAAUUUAAACAAGGAUGAUUUCAAAAAGAUGAGUGGAAAUUAAAAUGCCAUCCAUGAGUUUGACCAA